CUGCUAGAAUGUCGGAAACUGCGCCUGUUGCCACUCCUGCUGUGUCCGCUCCUGGGGCAAAAACCUCCGCUAAAAAGCCGAAGAAGGCGGCAGGAGGCUCAAAAGCCCGCAAGGCUUCGGGUCCCAGCGUAACCGAGCUGAUCACCAAGGCGGUGUCCGCUUCCAAGGAGCGCAAAGGGCUCUCCUUGGCCGCUCUUAAGAAGGCUCUGGCCGCCGGAGGGUACGAUGUGGAGAAGAACAACAGCCGCAUCAAGUUAGGACUGAAGAGCCUGGUGAGCAAGGGCACCUUGGUACAGACCAAAGGUACUGGUGCUUCUGGUUCCUUCAAACUCAACAAGAAGCCUGGCGAGAUCAAGGAAAAGGUACCUAAGAAAAAGCCAGCGGCAAAGCCUAAGAAACCAGUUGCUAAGAAACCCGCCAGCGCCGCCAAGAAACCCAAAAAGGCUGCGGCCGUGAAAAAGAGCCCGAAAAAAGCCAAGAAACCAGCGGCUUCCGCGGCUAAGAAAGCGGCCAAGAGCCCGAAAAAGGCCAAGCCCGCCAAGCCCAAAAAGGCAGCUAAGAGCCCGGCUAAGGCCAAGGCGGUGAAGCCCAAGGCUGCCAAGCCCAAGCCAACCAAACCUAAAGCAGGUAAGGCUAAGAAGGCAGCGCCCAAGAAGAAGUAAAGCGGCUAGAAAAGGAAAAUAGAGUCUAACUCGUGCAAACAAACCCAACGGCUCUUUUAAGAGCCACCCACCUUUUCCAAAAGGAGCUGAAACAU